AAACGCUGAACACAUUGACGUCCCUGCCGCGCCAUCUUUAGAAAACACGGAGCGCUGCACUGAAUGAAACUUCAUUUUUCGUCGUUUUUACGAGCUGGUCGCUGCAUGGAUUGAGCGGAUUGUUUUUCCAGGCAGUUGUUUCCAGUAAUUAUGGGGAUCAAGGUUCGCCCCCGUUGCUUCCUCGACAUUGGAAUCAGUAAUGUUCUUGUUGGCAGAGUUGUGGUGGAGCUCUUUUCAGACGUCUGUCCCAAAACCUGUGAAAACUUCCGAUGCCUUUGCACAGGUGAAAAAGGCAUCGGUAAAGGGACUCAGAAACCCCUACACUACAAAGGAUCCGUCUUCCAUCGAAUCGUAAAAGAUUUCAUGAUCCAAGGAGGCGACUUUAGUGAAGGAAACGGAAGAGGAGGCGAGUCAAUCUAUGGAGGGUUUUUUGAAGAUGAAAGCUUUGCUAUGAAACACAAUAAGGACUUGCUGCUGUCUAUGGCCAAUAGAGGCAAAGACACAAAUGGUUCUCAGUUUUUCAUAACAACUAAGCCUGCACCACAUCUGGAUGGCGUCCAUGUUGUUUUUGGUCAAGUGGUUUCUGGCCAAGAGGUUGUUCAAACCAUGGAGAACCAGAAAACUGAUCCCAGCAGCAGGCCGUACGCUGAAGUGAAAAUCCUCAACUGUGGAGAGCUUGUUCCCAAAUCUAAAUCAAAGAAAGAUGAGAAGAAGAAAGAAAAGAGGUCAUCAAGCUCCAGCAGCAGCUCCAGUGACUCUGAGAGCUCCUCCAAGUCCUCCUCUGACUCCGAAAUGUCAGAAAAAGAAUCAAAGAAGCAAAAAAAGAAAGCAAAAAAGCUAAAAAAGAAGCAAAAGAAGGAGAAGAAAAAAUCAGAACCAGAGACGGUUGAAGAAAAAGAGCAAGAGGAGUUGGUUACGUCAACUGUACGGCCUGAAGAAAUACCACCCAUCCCUGAGAAUCGAUUCCUCAUGAGGAAAAGUCCUCCAGCAGUCCAGAAGUCAAAUGAGGACGGAGAGAAGGACCAGAGAAAGAGAGAAGACAGACCGAGGGAGAAUACAUAUAAUUCUCAUUCAGCGUACGACAGGCGAUUAGUGGUGACUACUCGAUCCGGGAGGAAGAUCAAAGGCAGAGGGCCGAGGAGAUACCGAACUCCAUCACGCUCUCGCUCAAGAGAUCGUUUUCGGCGGAGCGAAACGCCUCCGCAUUGGCGUCACGAAAUGCAGCGUCAAAGGAUGAGGGCGGUCACAGGGGAGCGCUGGAUCAAGGGUGACAGAAGUGACAUGAAUGAAGCAAAAGACGAGGAAGCUAAAGCUCCCAGAAGAGAGAGACGCGCUUCUGAUUCAAAGCACGAGCAAACAGCUGAGGGGAAAAAAGAGAAGAAAGCUCAUAAAUCAAGAAGCAAAGAAAAGGAGGCAUCUGAAAAGGAUGGGAAGCACAGCACACACAAGGCAAAGAAAAAGGAGAAAUCCCACAGUCGCAGUAAAAGCAGAGAGAAGAGCAGACGGUCGAAAAGCAGAGAGAGGAGCAAAAGACACAGAAGUGAUGACAGGAAAGCUAGAUCAAGGAGCAAUGACAAAAAAAACGAAAAGGAGUCUGAUCAAAGUAAAGAUAAAAACAAGAGUCAGGAGUCCAGCAAAAAGCACAAAGACGACGGCAAAGGCAAGAAUGAUGAGAGAACUAGAACAAAGUCUCGUAGCAAAGACAGAACGUCAGCCAAAGCCGAGCGUAGAUCCAGCAGCAGAAGCAGGGACAGAGGCGGGCGCUCAAGGUCCAGAGAUAAGGAGGAGAAAAGGGACAAGGACAAAGAGAGGGGCAGAGACCGCAGCAGGAGCAAGGACAGACGACACGGUGAAAAGGAGAGCAGGAGGCGUUCAUCUAGAGAUAAAGAUCAGCAAUCAAGAAGUCCAGACAGAAGCAGAACGCGAGACCCCAAAAGAAGCAGGCGCUCCAGAAGCAGGAGCCGUGGGAGAGACCACAGCAAAGAGCGCUCCUCCCACCGAAGAGAGCGCCGAAAGAGACGAAGCAGCAGCAGCAGCAGCUCUGAUAGUGACAGAGCAGAGAAAAAGAAGAGUCAAAGCAGCCCCAGAGCCAAGAGAAGUUCAAAGAGUACUUCCAGAGAAAGGAGCCCAGCAAGACCAGACAGUACUAAAGGCAAAAAGAAAAGCGAUAAGAAGAGCCGGUCCAGUUCUGGCUCCAGCUCAGACUCAGACUGAUGCCCUUUGCUAAACCCACUAAAACAUGUAGUAUGAAACCCCUGCUUUGUGUCUGCAUGGGUCAUCGUGGGCCUCAGUACUUCCACAGCCAAUAAGAGGCCGCCAUUAAAAAAAAAAAGAAAGAAAUUUGGUACCAAUUUGCAGCAGGUGGAGCUGCGAUUAUACGCCUGAAAGCUGGGAGGACAGAGUGCAUCAGUGAGUUUAGUAUUUAGGAGCUAAACUUACAGCCUGUAAGAAGGCUAUGCAAGGAUCAGCUCUGGUGUUUUUCAUUUGUGAUUGUUUGAAAACAUAUUCUUGGAUGUUAAAAAAAUAAUGAACUGUUUUUAAAAUACAAGGACAUAAAGCAGGUUUGAUUUUUAAACUUCUAGCAUUCUGAUCUCCCUGAUUCUGGAAGCCGACAUUCAUACUGUGAUGCAUGUUUUAUUUUGGACCUUUCUGGUUGAAAUUGUGUACACUGUUACUCACCCAACCUGACCCCAAACCCAUUUUUACUGUCAUUUUUUUGUGGAAGAAAAAAUGUGGACAUGCUGUAAAAGGUUUGAACGAGUUUUUUUUUUGUACAUCUCUGACUGUGACUGAUCAUUUAAAAACAAAAGAAAUCCAAAACUGUUUUAUUUGUAUCGGCUUUUAAUAACCUAGAGGCUCAGUCCAAAGCAUUGUUUGUAAUCAAAAUUGCAACAAUAAAAAGGCUAUCAUUACAGAAA